CCCCAGCCCACGCUCAUCAAUUCUACGCAGUACGCCCGAUCUUCAGGGUUUCUUUCAUCCUCAACGAUGAUCUGCUCUCUUAUGCAUCCGCAUUGUCAUCUCAUACGAGGCAGCGCCUUGUCCUGCCACCGAUCAAUGCCCAUUGAGAUGGCAGCUGAAAGAGACUAUACAUAGUAACCCAACCAGUCGAGCAACAGCCGAUCGUCUCCAGGCCACGCGGCCCUUUGGGUCCAGCCUCGUCCCUCCGCGUCAUCGCCCCUCCAGGCGUCAAAUCCUAUCCCGAUGGCGUUACUUCGUCCUCCGAGCUCCAAGACAUGCCCACUGUCUAUCUCGAACACACUAACCAUAUUGAUCGCUUCAAUCGCUGGCACCAUACCGAUAAGGAAACUCACAAUACCCGUUCGGAAAGUUGGUGGAGUCUGGUCGACCAAGCAUAUCCUCCGUGCACCCAGGGUUCUUCUGCCAGGGUCUUUGAUAAUUGCGGAGACUGUGUGCUUAUCGAUAGGGAAUCUAUCCACAAUCUCCCCCCUAAUUCACAACUGAAUGGGAUAGAUACCUUGCAUGCAACAGAUUUUUUUUUUUUGUUUUUUUUUUUUUUUUUUUUUUUUUUUUUUUUUUGUUUUUUUUUUUU